CAUGGAUGUUCAAUAUCAAAGAAGGACGCUAUAAGCCAAGGCUGCAUGUCAACCUAUUAGCUAGAGUAUGGUCGCCUUCUUAGGCAACUCCGCCGCCUUUUGUAGAGCGCGCCCACGAGCAAUACCGCUAGCCAAGAUAACCACGAGAAAAUCAAUUCAUGGGUUUCCUUUUCUCACCUCUAUGAAUAUGGGGCUCCGCUUGGCAGCCCUUCAGGCCGCCGAAGCUAUAAUAGUAGAUUCGCACUUUGCCAUCAUUUGAGUACAAUUACCGGAAAUCCUUUUGGUUUUUCUUUAUUAUUUAAAUUUUGAAGCCCCAGUGGGUUUUAUAUAACAGUUGCCCCAAUUGGAAUAACAAAGACAAAAUAGUGAAGGAUUCUGGUAGUUGUAGUCAAAUGACGCCAUCAUGCAAAUCGCCUUUUAAAUUCACUUUCAGAUUGGUGCGCUUAACCUCACAUCAGCGAGAAUAGAAGCAAAGAUAAAAGGAGCGGAUGUGAAAGGUUUUACAUCAGUUGACUCCAUGUUUGAAGCGCUUGAGAAUAAUGAGAUAGACGGCAUUCUGAUGGACAAGUACAAAGUGGGUCACUACCUCGCCGAAAGGAAUAACGAGAGAUUCAAGAUGUUUCGUGGCUUCGACGCAGAUAUUCCAUAUUAUGUUGCGAUUCGUGACCGCGACCCAAUAAAAGAAUUGACAACUGAGGGCGCCUGCUUUGAAAGGCGGAUUGACGGACAGGCUGUGAACGAACUUCUCAUAAAUCAUCUCCAACCUGUCACGGUGUAUAACUCCGAUAGUGACUUCAUGAGCGUGUUUUCCGGUAAGUCACGCUCCACACAUCUGUUCCUGUUCACCAUUCUAGGAGUUUUUUUGGGUCUUGUAUUUCUCGGGAUCUUAGCAGAGAUCUUUUACCUGAAGUUGUGGAAAUCGAAGAAAAAAGUGGACAACGGCGAAGGUUAGUACAAAGUAACAAAAAAGUGUAAUUUGGAAAUUUGAACUGCCUAGCUAGAGUGAGACUCGUGGUCUCGUGAUUCAGAAUGCUUUUCAGCGUUAAACAUUAGGCGAUCGUAAACUAUCCUUUCUGUCAGCAUGCCUGUCAUUAGACCACCUGAUUCAGUUUGUUAGAGGAAAAGUAAGCAUCGCGAAAUCUCGUUUUGUGUCAC